AUGGUACUCAGGAACCCAUGUCUUGGAUGGGAGAAGCUUGAAGAUGUCUAUUACAGAAGCAGAGAGCUAUGUUCACUUAGCUGGCCUACCGAUGGGGAGUACAAAUAUACUCUUUCAACUACUUUGGUAGCUAUCGAAGCAGAGAGAUCGGUGCAAAUAUACCACUACACUGGCCGUCUUCUUACCCGUAUUUCUUUGGAUAACUUACCAGGACCUGUUAUAAGCUAUGAAUUUGAUGCUCAAGACGAGGAAAGUUUAGUGAUUGUCAUGCCGAAUUGCUUGCGAAAAUACCAUAGUUGGGCUCCCUUACAGUUUCAAGACUUUUUUCUACCAGAGGAUGUAGAAGAUACUAUAUGGGAUUACCGGAAUAGAGUAGCGAUUCUACAAGAGUCUCAGGACAUAUAUCACUUUAAUGGGUUGUCGAUAAAUCUCUUGUGUCGAAAUAACGAGAAAUUUACUCUAUUGACCAAAGGGCAUUGGCAUUGCAACGAAGAUCUUAUAGUACUUCUGGACGUUAAUCAUGUACUUCAUCUCAACAUUGCUGAAGGAAGCUUGAAAGAAGCUCUUCCCGGUGAACGGUGGCACAUCGUGAUAGUAUCUCCUCGUGGAUUCGUUUGCUUAUACAACAGUAAAACCAAUGCUCUCCGAAUUUAUAAGAAUCCUGAACGCACUUUACUAGAAACUUCUCUCGACAAAUUUCCUAAUGAUAUUGAAUGGUGCGGUGAUGAUACGGUCGCAUGCUCAUUUGAAGGUGAAGAAAUCAAAUUAUAUGGGCCGAAUUUGUCGUAUGUCGCAUUUUGGUAUCCAGAUGACAUAAUGACAUUAAAAACAGAAAUCGACGGGCUAAAAUUAAUCAGCAAAGAGAAGAUAUACUUUAUUUCUAAAGUUCAAGAGUGCACAGCAAAUACUUUCCUUAUUGGAUCUACAGAAUCAAGCGCUAUUUUAUUGGAUUCGAUGAACCUCCUUUCGACACAAGCCCCACGGGCAGUUGAAAAUUUGAAAAUAAUCAACCUCGACCAAGCUGUAUCUGAGUGCUUAUCGGCAGCCUUAGAAGAAUUUGAACCCUUAUGGCAGAAAAAGCUAUUAUCUGCCGCAUCUUUUGGCAAAAGCUCACUUGUCGGUCAGUCAUUUGAUGCUAACUAUUUUGUCAGAAAUUGUGAUAUGUUAAGAGUGCUUAACACACUAAAAGAACUUGGAAUAUUUUUGACUGCUAGACAGUUUGAGCAUAUGACCCUAGACGGGAUCAUCACACGUCUUAUAAUGUCCCAUGAUUUUUACGAGUGCAUUAAAAUUUGCUUGUAUCUCAAGCAGCAAGAAAAAAUCCCUAGAGUUUUCAAAACUUGGGCAAAUACUAAAAUAAUGAUGUCCCCGGAAAUCGAGGACGAAGAGUUAUUUCAGUCGAUUAAAAACUUAGCGGCAAAGCAAUCUAUGAACCUACCAAUGGCUCGCAUUGGAGAGACUGCAUUUUUUGAAGGUCGUUUCAACUUAGCACGUAAGUUGAUAUUACUAGAACCAUUGCCUGAGAUCGAACUUCCAUUACUACUGGAACUCGACGAUAAUGAGCUGGCUUUAAAAGAAGGAAAAAGGUGGGGAAUUUCUCGCAUUACUCUUUCCAUACUUCUGGAGCUUCAAAGAAAACUAACAGUAGCACAGUUUAGUAAGAUUUUGAUUCUUAUUAUGCAAGAAAAUGAGCUGUUUAGUUACUAUGCAAGGGAUGAUGAGAGGUUUUUGUACGACUAUUACCGGCAAACAGACAAUUUUCUUGAUUUAGCACGUCUUACAUGGAAACAAGGACGGCGGUCUAAAAUUGAAGAGCAAUACAUUCCUCAAGUCGAGGAGUUGUACAGCAAGGUAUUGAAUAAUGCAUUGAUCAAGGACGACAAAGAGUUACUCACUCGACAAUCUGAGCUCUACAAGUUUCAGGAGUCCUUAGCCUCUCAGCAUCAAAAAGAUUUUCUUCACUUAAACAUGGACGAAACAAUAGCCCAAAUGGUGGCAUUAAAGCUAGAUAAACCACUGGUUGCCUUUCUAAAAAAGUUUCAGGUGAGUGAGAAGAAGUUUUAUCACAUCAAGUGCCGAACACUGGCACAGGAGCAAAGGUUUAACGAUCUUUAUAAGUUUGCUCGAGAGAAGAAAUCACCCAUUGGUUACUAUGCUUUCUAUCGUCAAGUGUUUAAACAGAACCAUAAGAAAGAGGCAGCCGUUUAUAUUGAAAUGAUAUCAGGGUUGCCUUAUGAAAAGAUAUUAAAGAUGUAUUUGAAAUGCAAUGCAUAUUCCGAUGCAAUUCAGUUAGCAACAAAAGAGAAAGAUAUACAAGGAUUGAAAAGCAUAUACAAAAUAAUUCCCGCAAAUGAGCCGCAACUGAAAUCGCUGAUAACUGAGAAUAUGAACAAGAUUUGA